GACCAUCAUUCGUUUCAAAUAAGAGAUCGUGGUGGCCUCAGUCGGGUCCAAAUUCCAAAGGCCCAAACUAGAAACAUUUAACAAACGCGUUUAGUUAACAUUUAACAGAAUCCAAAUUUCACACAUUAGCUUCCAGUUCUGUCUGGAUCCUGGGGUUUCCAGUCCUACUCCCACCCACCAAAUCCGAAAUCCUGAUUUAUCUGCCUUUUACUUUGGUUGUUCAAUUGAGGUUCACGUUCAAUUGUCAAUUAUGAUAUUAGAGAAAUGUUUAGGAGCUCAAAGAACGCGAAGGAUCCAUAGAGCUCUGCGCCAUGGCAAGGUCACAAUCCUGUGUCUCGUCCUCACUGUUGUCGUCCUACGUGGCACAAUCGGAGCCGGCAAGUUUGGAACUCCGGAGCAGGACUUCAUCGAGAUUCGCGAUCACUUCUACUCUCGCAAGCGAGCAGAGCCUCACCGCGUCCUUGAGGAGGUCCAGUCAACACCGGCCGAUCCCAACAACUACAAUGCCUUCGAUAUCAACAAGAUCUUGGUCGACGAAGGAGAGGAAGACAGACCCGAGCCCAAUAAGCCCUACACUCUUGGACCCAAGAUUUCAAAUUGGAACGAGCAGAGAUCGAAAUGGCUUAAGGAAAACCCUAAUUUCCCAAAUUUCAUCGGACCCAAUAAGCCUAGAGUGCUUCUGGUAACUGGGUCGUCGCCAAAACCCUGUGAGAACCCGGUAGGUGACCAUUACUUGUUGAAGUCGAUUAAGAACAAAAUCGAUUAUUGUAGGUUGCAUGGGAUUGAGGUUUUUUACAAUAUGGCCCUUUUGGAUGCUGAAAUGGCUGGUUUUUGGGCCAAGCUUCCGUUGAUUCGGAAGCUUCUUUUGUCUCACCCGGAGGUUGAGUUUCUAUGGUGGAUGGAUAGUGAUGCCAUGUUUACAGAUAUGGCUUUUGAAGUACCCUGGGAGAGGUACAAAGAUUAUGACUUUGUAAUGCAUGGAUGGAAUGAGAUGGUUUAUGAUCAAAAGAAUUGGAUUGGGCUCAAUACCGGGAGCUUCUUGUUAAGGAAUACCCAGUGGUCAUUAGAUAUGCUUGAUACUUGGGCUCCUAUGGGACCUAAAGGGAAAAUUAGGGAUGAGGCUGGGAAGAUACUCACUAGGGAGCUUAAGGAUAGGCCGGUAUUCGAAGCUGAUGAUCAGUCAGCCAUGGUUUAUAUAUUGGCCACUCAAAGAGAGAAGUGGGGUGAUAAGGUUUAUCUGGAGAAUGCAUAUUAUUUGCAUGGUUAUUGGGGGAUUUUGGUUGAUAGAUAUGAGGAAAUGAUUGAGAAUUAUCAUCCUGGUUUGGGUGACCACAGGUGGCCGCUAGUGACACAUUUUGUUGGUUGCAAGCCAUGUGGAAAGUUUGGAGAUUACCCAGUUGAGAGAUGCUUGAAGCAGAUGGAUAGAGCUUUUAACUUCGGGGACAAUCAGAUUCUUCAAAUCUAUGGAUUCACACACAGCUCAUUGGGUAGUAGGAGAGUUAAGAGAGUUCGUAAUGAAACAAGCAAUCCACUUGAGGUUAAAGAUGAACUUGGAUUGCUUCAUCCAGAAUUUAAGGCUGUUAAGGUAUCGUCUUCCUAGUUCAGCUCUUGUUCACCUCAUGUUUUUGGAUGAUGUAGGAUGUGUUACGAUGUGUAUGUUGUGCCUAAUAUUUCGUGUUAGGUGUGGAGAUAGUAUUCUUUUGUUCCUUAUAAAUUUGUAUUACUUCCCAAAUUAAAAUCAGAGAGAUUAUUUAUUGUUUGCUGUUCAAUUUUGUAGCUUCUGGGUAGACAUUAUAUUUUUAAUUUUCAUGAUGUCUGGAAACCAGUUCAGACUUGUGUUUGUA